AGGCCAGACAAGAGUGGAAGUGUGUUGACCGAGCCUGUUUAUCCAGUGGCUGAUAGCAAAGAACCUUCCAUCAGUAGUGCUGGAAUAACUGACCUGGAACCGGAUAAUGUAAACUGACUCCACACCUUUGAAAACAUGUGCUGCUAUAAUUAUUGUUGAUCCCUGCUUUUAUAAAAUACAUCCCACUGCUGAAACACUUGGACUCAUAUUGUAGUUUUAAAAAACUCCCGUAGCUAUAAUAUUUCUUUUAGUUG